UUACGUUCACUUAAACGCAUAAAAUAAAAGGUAGAUUUUUACGAAACGAAUUUUUGUGGUGGAAAUCCGCCUUAAAACCAGAAACGUUGUCAAUGAAAUAUCUUUGACUCUUUCUUGUAAAAAUAUUUAAUGUGAAUACAGCCACCGUUAUAGAUUUUAGAGCGCGCGGACUUUAAAUAUAAAAAAUGAUACAAAUAAAAAAGAGAUGAUCGUAUCAUUGAAGCGUUGGAAAAAAUUUAUAUAUUUUUUUCUCUACAGAUAGUCAUUAAAAAAUUUAAUUUCAUAAUUUUUGUUAUUGUCAAGGGGGUUAGAAAGGAGAUCGUAAAAAAUUCGGACAAUAAUCGAUUUAAUAGUCAAAAAAGUUUCAACAACUAUAAUCGAAUUGUUUUGCCGCGCUAUUUUGAAUGUGAAAACAUCCAUCCUUGGAGAUAUAGCUGAUGAUUACUUCGCGCCUUUUAUUUUUCGCCCCAGACCCCUGCACAAAAGAAACCUGUUAAAAACAUGUUCCUUUUCUGACGUCAUAAUGUUGUUAUUGUUCUUGUUCUGACACAGUACUGUAAUAAUUAUUACCUUUUAAUGUACUCAUUUGUUUGAUGUUUAUAAUUUUCAUAUUCCACUGGUGCGAUUAACACAUCUCUAUUCUCUCUUCAAUUAUAAACUCGACAUAGAGUCGUAAAAAGAAAUUGCUUUCAAUUGUGUUUUCAACCAAUCAGAUAAGACAAAAUAGGGAAAUAUAAUUUCGAGUUAAUUUCAUGGUGUCACUAUCUUUAACACGUGGUUUGAACGCAGUUAUCUAAGUUAGCUGCGAAGUAUAUUUCAAAAGAGAAUCACACGUGUCAGUACUAUUCGAACGAGUCUUGAACAACACUGUAUACUUCUACGCCAUGAAGCGAUCUAUCACGAAAAUUUGGCGUCCUUAUGAAGAUUUAUUAGACGACAAACAACACGACGACGACGUUGAAAAAGAAGUGUCGCUUAUAAACUUUCAUUCUGAUACACACCUAUCGUCGUACUUUACGUGUGCAAAUGUAGAUUAUUCAUUUCGUCCAAUCACAUCGUAUACGGCGUCGGAAACGUCUAGCAUGAACUCGUCACGUUGUUCCGACGUUAGUAUUUCACCCGAUCCACCCUCAUCAUUAGAAGAUUUAAAAGACGAUAAACCUCAAGGCGACACGGAUCGUCAUCGUCGGACAAAAUAUUCCGACGCACAGUUAAGUGAACUACAUAAAGUUUUUUACACCACUACUUAUCUCACCUUAAAAGAGAGAUACGAACUUGCUAACAGACUUAAAUUAACCGAGAGACAAGUAAAAAAUUGGUUCCAAAAUCGCAGGAUGAAAGCUAAACGCGAUUAUAUUGACGCCAUAGAAAAAGGGUAUGUCGUACCUGUUGAAAAUCCUGGUUUACCACGCUUUAGUCGUCUGCCGGAGAAUUACUUUUUAUCGUAUCCGACAUCACCGACAAAACGUUACUUACGCAAAUUUUGAUGAUUUCAAUUUUAAUUUUUAUAUUUAUUUAUAUAUUUAGUAUUAUAUAUUUACUACUACGGAAUUUCAUUUUUAUUAUUUUUUGCACAAAGUUGUACAAAGUAUUACAAAUAUUACCGUUCUGUUUUCAGGAAAUUUAUUAUUUUUAUUAUUUUUAUUUUUUACUUUUCACAUUUUACUGGUCUUUUUUACCCGUCGUGUAUUUUUUGCGGCCCCGGGUUUUCAUAUUUGUACAAUUUUGUAUUUAUUAAUUUACUUAUUUGAAAUAAAUUGUUGUCGUUUUAUUAUUGACUUCUUAAACGUGUAAACCCACUAGCCGCUGUCUAUCGCACUGAGUAAUAAUGUCAUGUUAAAAACCAAACGAAAUGGCGAUGCGGGAAAUAUGUAUGACGGAUGAGACUUAUAGCAUCGGCGGACCCAAGGAUAUUUGUUAAAACUUGCCCUUAGAAGGAGAUCUUUUAUUCCUAAAAAAUCUAUACAUUGGAUUAUCUAAAUUGCCUAUGCUGUUUUGUUUCAGCUUGUUAAGAACUGCGCUUUGUUCCCACUUACUUUAUUGUCCCUAAGUGGCGAAAAUUCGAGAAAGCGACAUGAAAUGGGACUGAAGAAUAAAUCAAAUGAAACGUUUUUACGAGGUUUACUUCUAAGCUUGAUAUUACAGAGACACCACAAGAAUAAAACUGAAAACCAGAAGUAAAUUUAGCAAGAAUUAACUUCGCAAUUUUUCGAUAAAUUAGAUAAGGUAUAACACUAUGUCUCACUUUUUUUAGGUACUUUUUUUGCAUUUUGUAAAUAUUUCAUAAAAUUUAAAAGUAGUAAAAUUAUUUUUCGGAAAUUAAGGCAAACAAUACUUUGAUACGAUAAAAUUUGGGUGGAACUUGAAACGCUGGUAAUAAUGAUUUAUAAUACUCGACCUAUUGUGUGAAGUUCUGAAAGUAAAAGGGAUGUAGCAGAUGAUUACUUCGCGCCUUAUAUCAUUUGCCCCAGGCCUCUGUACAAAGAAAACCCGUCAUUCAAGAGGUUUUGGUUCGAAAGUACUAAGUAAAUAUGGCGUGUAUAUAAGAUGAAUUAAUAUAACAAACAAUAUUUGAGAUGAUAAAUCAUUCUUAACAAAUUCUUAACAAAGUUAAAAGUUUCAAAUUUCGUAAAUUUUUUGCAUAUUCAUUUUUAAUUAAGUCACGCAUGCGCAGUGUUGAAUCGUUUAAUUUGCCCAGGUGUUGUUGGAUGGUUUAAGAAAAAAUCAAAAUGAUUUUGACACCUUUUUAAUAAUAACUUGGAAUUUGGAUGAAAUUGAUGACAUUUUCCCUGGGUGACGAAUUUUUUGUGUGGCAAAAGAUCUUUGAAAACUUAUAACAGAUCGUAUUACCCAACCGCUUUCUUUAGUUGUAUUAUUUUUUAUUUUAAGCCAACGAGCUUGUAAAUAUAUAUGUUCCGUUAUUUAUAUAGUCCAAUUAUUUUAAUUUAUUUCUAUAAAAAGUGUAAUUCACAGAUCUACAGCUAUAUUCUCAUUACACAUUCCAGUGAACCUAUAUCCCCGUAUACACAUUCCAGUGAACCUAUAUCCCCGUAUACACAUUCUAGUGGACCUAUAACUACAUUCCCACAUGCACAUACCCAGUGGAAGUAUACAUUCUACUAAUACUUCCCUAUGCACUCUUGUCAGUAGAUAUACAUCCUCGAUCAUACGUUUCAGUGGAUAUAUACGUCUCUAUAAACAUUUUCUUUUGAAUAUGUUGCUGUUGUUUUCUCUUUGUUGUUAGAUAUAUGGGCUACGAGGUUUGUAAUAAAUUUAGGAAUUAUAUAUUAACCCUUUACCUGGAGAAUGUGUAUAAUUUCCACUUUAUCCUAUUCCCCGUAACACAUACAAAUGUAUGUUUCUGAUCAUUUAUUUGGUCAAUUCUGCAAUUGAUACAUGCACGUAUUCUUUUUAUAAAAAGCAUUACAUAUGGUUAAUAUAUCUGAGAUAAAUGUGUGUUAUACAUUUCAGCUCUACAGUCGCUACUCAAGAACAAGCAGUUCAGUUGACAAACGACCGUUCAA